AUGCCCGAACCAGCAGGGCAAGGGGAGGAACCCCAAGCUACCAACGUCGUCGGAUACAGGUUCCCCGCACCUCCGCCACCACCAGCACCGAUGGCCAACACACCAUCAAUAACGAACGCGAAUGGGACUGUGCAGUCACCGAGGAUAGCAGGAGGGGCGUAUGGUGAUACUCCCACGGCCAAAACUAAACACACGGCGGAGGAAGACGCGGGUGGAUCAGAUAGCGGGUCGGAAUACACAUCGGGCGACGAGAGUGAGGCGUCGUCCCAUCACGCCGGGGUCGACCCACACGCGUUCGAUUUCGAGACGAUGGUGGUGCAGGCCAUGCGGGAGAUGCAUCGUGGGUUGCUGGCGAACGGCGGGCAGCAAGGGGCGGCGGCGGGAGGGGAUUCGGUUGCGCGGGUGGAAAGACUGAUACGGACUCUGAAGGAGAAGAUCAAGGAUGCGCAUGAGCUAGUGAAAGCUUUGCCGGGGGUUAGCGUGCCGGAAACUCAAUUGAGACGGGAGCUGCAAGAGAUCCGGCGGAAGAUUGCUGUGGAGAGAAACGAGAUAGGCUCACUGCGAGUAGAUCUCAUCAAGUCAUCCGGCGAUCAUGGCGAUUGA